GGCGGGAGGUAUUGGGGGGUUGGGGGCUGCCGAGCCUCAGUUUCCCCGGCUGGGUCCCCGGAGAUCGCGCCGUCGGGGGCACAUCCCCGGGCCGCCACUUCUGACGACUUGAAAUCCUGGGGGAGCCGAGCAGGGGGCGCCACCGCCGCUCCCCCUGGCGCACCCCCAGGACCCCUCUCCCCGGGGAGACCCCCGCCCAGCGCCCCCGGGUCGGCGCCUCCCCCUGGAAAUGGGUCCCGUCUCCCCACUACCCUCUCCCCGCCUUGCACGUCGAGGUAGCCCUGCAUUCAGGCUGCCAGCCACCGCUGUCCGUUUUGGGGUCCCCCCCCCAGGACUUGGGGCUGCGCUUUAGAACUCAGAAUAUGGUUGUGGAGUUGGCAUAUUUUCUUUUUAAACGCUUUUUGAUUUUCUCAGACAUAAAUCCCUGAAAGUUCCUUUUUGUUCACUGCGUACCUCCUUGCACCCUAAAGCUUACUCAUUGUCCCCCUAAAGCUCUCAACAGCAGUGAGUGUAGAAGGGGCCAGAUCUGGGGUCUGGCUGGAGGGAACUUAACCUUGGGAAGGUCCUCAGGAGAGCUCACCUCUUUGUAAAGUAAAUACGGAGAGGAGCCUGCCACUGAUUCCACUCCAAAGAGCAUUCUUUAUUCCAGAAAAUUCAACAUUGGAAAGGAAUCACAAAGGGAUGAGCUGCGUUUGGCUUAGUUUUCUGUUUUGUGAGAUACUGUCAAUUACGUAAAUGUAGUUUCACUCGAAAUGCGUUUUUUUCGUGUAAGUCAGAGCAAAGAUCAAAUCGAAACUCUAUUGGUGAGUUGUGCAGCGGGGACUCAGGUUUGCAUGCACUGCUUGGAGAAUAAGUUGGCACAGGCUGUAUGCUGGGCAGUUUGGCAAUAUCCAUUAAAAUAAAAAAUAUGCAUUAAAAUUGAAAUGACCCAGCAGUUCUGUGGCUGGGUAAUUUCCCUCAGAUCUGCAUGUAUGUUACAGCAUGCAUACAGGAGUUGCCAGGCCAAACUGGUUGCAGUAGCAGACACCUGGAGGAAACCCCAAUGUCUGUCCAAAGAGGACAGGUUAAAUAAAACGCGCUAUCCCUAUAAUGGACUGUGGAGGGAUAGGAAGUUGUGCCAAAGCCAGGUGAAACGGGAUUUGCCUGUGAAUCCCCUUUUGGAUGGGUAUGUAGGAAGGUGGAGUAGUAGUUGUCUCUGGGAGAAGAUUGGUUAGGACGUAGGUGAAAGAGAAACUUAAGUUUCAUGGUGUACUUUUCUGUGCUUUUUGAACUUGAAUCACAUGAAUGUAUCACAUACUCAAAAAUAAGUGAGAAUUUUAUUAAAUAUUUCAAGCUGACAGAAACAUACAGAGAAUAAUGUACCACCUCUCCCCAUCAAAUCCUAAUGCUUUGAGUUGCCUUUGUUUUUCUUUUUUAAGAAAUAAAACACUCCCAUUAUCCUUCCUGGAGGUAAUCAUGAUCCUGAAUCUGUCAUCUAUCAUUCCCGUAAAUGUUUUUAUACUAUUUUAUACCACAACGUCCAUCUAUAAGCAAUAUAGAGCAUUGUUUUGCGUGUUUUUGAACUUUUUGUGAACAAAAUCGUACUAAUUCUACAAUUGGCUGUAGAAUGGCUCUCACUGUUUCUCUCUGCAUGGCUGAAAAUUUUUCUGUGUUGCCCACUGUAGUUGGAGUUCCAGUUUGCUCAUUUUGGCUGGUGCCCACCGUUCUUUUGAAUCACUCUCUUCAAAGCAGACAUUUCUGGGGUGGCCUAUGUAUGCUUUGCAAACGGGGCUGUAACACGGGGUCUUGAACUUGUUGCACCCUGUGUCGUGUUCCUUUAGAGCAGGGAGUGGUUUCGUUUUUCUUCACACACCGCUCAGAGCCUGGCUUAGUUCCUUAAAUUGUGCUCGGUAAAUGGACUUUGCUGCUCACGGAAACAGUCUCCCCGUUUUGUGUACUUGUGCUUGCAGUACCCGUCGAUGGGUAGCUGCCUUCCACCCCUUCUGUCUCAAAGGGUCGGGGGCUGCUGUGCUCCCAGUAGGGUGGGUCCCCUACAUGGGGGACUUGGUGCCCAGGAUUGCAGCCAGUCUUCUCUGCAGAAGAGGAAGCUGAAGGUUGGGGACGUGGGCUAAGUUCCCAUAGUCAUGUGGUUAGCGGGUGGUGCAACUCACCCUGGAAUGAGAGAGAGAUGCGUGUGAGAUAAAACUCCAGCCCUCCAGGAGCCGGAAUCUCCUGGGCAGCUGACGGCCGCGUGGCGAGCCCUGGCGUCUGAGGAUGGCGGAGGACCGGGAGCUCACCCAGCUGGGCAAGGCGCCCCUGCAGCCCACGCCCCCACACUGCGUCAGCAACACCUACCGCAGCGCCCAGCACUCCCAGGCCCUGCUGCGGGGGCUGCUGGCGCUGCGGGACAGUGGCAUCCUCUUCGACGUGGUGCUGGUGGUGGAGGGCAGGCACAUCGAGGCCCACCGCAUCCUGCUGGCCGCCUCCUGCGACUACUUCAGAGGAAUGUUUGCUGGGGGACUGAAGGAGAUGGAGCAGGAAGAAGUCCUGAUUCACGGCGUGUCCUACAACGCCAUGAGCCAGAUCCUGCAUUUCAUAUACACCUCCGAGCUGGAGCUCAGCCUGAGCAACGUGCAGGAGACGCUGGUGGCCGCCUGCCAGCUCCAGAUCCCAGAAAUCAUCCAUUUCUGCUGUGAUUUCCUCAUGUCCUGGGUGGAUGAGGAGAACAUCCUCGACGUCUACCGACUAGCGGAGCUGUUUGACCUGAGCCGUCUGACGGAGCAGCUGGACACCUACAUCCUCAAAAACUUUGUGGCCUUCUCGCGGACUGACAAGUACCGCCAGCUUCCCCUGGAGAAGGUCUACUCCCUCCUCAGCAGCAACCGCCUGGAGGUCUCCUGCGAGACGGAGGUGUACGAGGGCGCUCUGCUCUACCACUACACCCCGGAGCAGGUGCAGGCCGACCAGGUCUCGCUGCACGAGUCCCCCAAGCUUCUCGAGACGGUGCGCUUCCCCCUGAUGGAAGCCGAGGCCCUGCAGCGGCUGCACGACAAGCUGGGCCCCAGCCCGCUGAGGGACACGGUGGCCGGCGCCCUCAGGUACCACCGGAACGAGAGCCUGCAGCCCAGCCUGCAGGGCCCCCAGACGGAGCUGCGCUCGGACUUCCGGUGCGUCGUGGGCUUCGGGGGCAUCCACUCCACGCCGUCCACCGUGCUCAGCGACCAGGCCAAGUACCUGAACCCCGUGCUGGGCGAGUGGAAGCACUUCACCGCCUCCCUGGCGCCUCGGAUGUCCAACCAGGGCAUCGCGGUCCUCAACAACUUUGUGUACUUGAUUGGCGGGGACAACAAUGUGCAAGGAUUCCGCGCAGAGUCCCGAUGCUGGAGGUACGACCCACGGCACAACCGCUGGUUCCAGAUCCGGUCCCUGCAGCAGGAGCACGCAGACCUGUGUGUGUGCGUCGUGGGCGAGCGCAUCUACGCCGUCGCGGGCCGCGACUACCACAGCGACCUCAGCACUGUGGAGCGCUACGACCCCGCCACCAACUCCUGGGCCUACGUGGCCCCGCUCAAGCGGGAGGUGUAUGCCCACGCGGGCGCCACGCUGCAGGGGAAGAUGUACAUCACCUGCGGCCGCAGGGGGGACGACUACCUGAAGGAGACGCACUGCUACGAGCCAGGCAGCGACACGUGGCACAGCCUGGCCGACGGGCCCGUGCGACGAGCCUGGCACGGCAUGGCCACGCUGCUCGACAAGCUCUACGUGAUCGGCGGCAGCAACAACGACGCCGGCUACCGGAGGGACGUGCACCAGGUGGCCUGCUACAGCUGCCUGUCCAUGCAGUGGUCGUCCGUCUGCCCGCUCCCGGCCGGGCACGGUGAGCCUGGCAUCGCCGUGCUGGAGAGCCGGAUCUAUGUGCUGGGCGGCCGCUCGCACAACCUCGGCAGCCGCACCAGCUACGUGCACAUCUAUGACGCGGAGAAGGACGGCUGGGAGGAAGGGCCGCAGCUGGACAACUCCAUCUCGGGCCUGGCCGCCUGCGUGCUCACCCUGCCCCGCUCCCUGCUCCUCGCGCCGCCCCGCGGCACGCCCGACUGGAACCCCGACCGCAACCAGGCUGACCCGGACUUCGCCUCCGAGGUGAUGAGUGUAUCUGACUGGGAGGAGUUCGACAACUCCAGCGAGGACUAGGCUCCAGGGGCAGGGGCCACGGAGCCGGAGUGCCCGAUGCCGGGCACGCACAGCCCUCCUCCUGGCUCCCACCGCUCGCCUGCUCCUGCCGCCCGUCCUCGAGCCAGCCCCACAGGUGCCAGGUGAAGCAGAGCUCAUUGCUGUGGUCACCUUAGGGCGGGGAAUGUUCUAGAGGGGCUCAGGUCCUUGGAGGGCUCUGCAGGCUCCGUCCUCAGCAUGGACAAGGCUCGCUGCCACCAGCUGCCUCGGCCCAGAAAGAUUUGGGAACAGGUGGCCCCAGGUGGUGGAGGCCGAGGCACGUUGGGCCCCCUUUCCUGGGCAGAGGGGGGCGGGAAGGCAGGUGGGCCGCUCCUUGGCUGGGUGGGCAAGCUGCCCAGCGGCCAUGGGCUUUGGCGGUCGGAGCCCCCAGGCAGUGAGGGCGAGCAGUUGCAUAAGGUAGUCUGGGACGGGUCCUAGUGGAAAUACGUGCCCCUGCAGCUGGGUUUUUCUGACCCCAUGUUGUUGAUAAAUGAAAUAAACUUAUCUCACAAGAGGUUUUAAUGUUU